GGACCAAAAACAACAACGACAAUUAAAAACAAGAAGAACUUUGGGAUCAGAUCAUACGUAUAAUGGUGUUCAAAUUUUACUCCCAAUAUUAGCCGAAAAUAAUGACUGUUCCUAUGGGUCAACUUUUAAUAUGAUAAGUAGCCGCAAGGACUCGGUGGCACUUGGAGGACUCGACAUCACAUGAUCACGUCAGAGCUCCACAGGAAACGAAUCGAUCAGCAGGCAACUGUAGAAUUCAACAUGGCUGUUACCUACUGACAGUCGGGGAGUUGUUUUCAACUCGGAGGAGGGUAGCGUUUCACUGUCAAAUCCGUAGAGAUAGGAAAAAAACACAUUUGUAAUAUUGUCCUCUCGCACAGACAGCAAUGGCUCAGUGCGUCCAGUCGGUGCAGGAGUUCAUCCAGGACUCGUUUGUCCCGAUGGUGGCCGUUCUGUGCAGCGAAGAUGCGGAGAAAGUGACUCGCAAAAACAACCUAAAUUUCUCGGAGCUGCUUCGGCCUUUCUGCCGGUUAACCUCUGAAGGUCACAUAAGAGACCCCAACAACCAGGUGCAGGGGGUGAAGAACCUGCGCAUCAGCGUAAACAACGUGGUGACGCGCCCCACCUCCGCGCCCGUGUCUGGUGUCCCUGGCCCCGCCCACCGCAAGCUGCUCAGCGAGGUGGUGUCGGCGUGCCAGCCGGCCGAGGGGGUGGCGGCCAAUGUCAUCACAGCCGGGGAGCACGACCUCAACAUCAGCGAUCGCUCUCUUAAAGCGAGCGUCCCCUGGUACAGUGACUGGAGGGACACGCUAACGGAACUGGGCGCCUCCAAGCAUUACACAGCGACCACGCCCUGGUUCGAGGCCUACCGGGAGAGCUUCCUCCAGUCCAUGCCCGCCUCCGACCACGAGUUCCUCAACCACUACCUCGCCUGUCUCCUGGUGGUGUCGUCCAGCGAAGCCGUCCCGGUGGAGCAAUUCCUCAAGCUGUCCCAGGAGCAGCACAGGGUCCAGCACAGCGGGGAGUACACCAACCCCAAGUGGUUCAUCCCCAACACCCUCAAAUACUACGUGCUGCUGCACGACAUGAGCGAGGGAGACGAACAGAGGGCGGACUCGGUGUACGAGGACAUGAAGCAGAGGUACGGCCCCACAGGCUGCUACCUGCUCAAGGUGAACUCCUGCACUCCGGCCACGGCGGGGGCAGACGAGCAGAUCCCCGACCCCUGGAGCCAGUACCUCCACAAGAGCAACCCGCUCAGCCAGGACCUCUACGAGGACCCCGCCCCGACUGCCGUGGCGAACAACUACCCCGUAGAGAACAACGUCAGCUCCGCAGAAGACGACGGCCAUGACACAGGCCACAAAGAGGGCGUCUCCAACAGCCUGGACAACAGCCACCCCCUCCAGCUGGACGCCCCCAGCGGCCCCGGGAGCCUGGAAGCCCUCAAGGUCGCGACCUCCGAGCCCAGGAAGCCGUCCCCUGCCACGGGGCCGGGGACGAGCCACGGAGCCUGCCUCACGCUCAACGACCACGACCGCAUCCGACAGUUCGUCCAGGAGUUCACCUCCAGAGGCCUCCUGCCCCACAUAGAGAAGAACAUCAGGCAGCUGAACGACCAGCUGGUCUCCAGGAAGGGCUUGAGUCGCUCCCUGUUCUCGGCCACGAAGAAGUGGUUCGGCUCGGGGAAGGCUCCGGAGAAGAGCAUCAGCGAACUCAAGAACACCUCCGGCCUGCUCUAUCCGGCAGAAGCCCCGGAGCUGCAGAUCAGGAAAAUGGCCGACCUGUGCUUCCUGGUUCAGCACUACGAGCUGGCCUACAGCUGCUACCACACUGCCAAGAAGGACUUCCUGUCCGACCAGGCCAUGCUCUACGCUGCAGGGGCUCUGGAAAUGGCGGCGGUGUCGGCCUUCCUGCCCGGGGCUCCCAGACCGUACCCAGCACACUACAUGGACACGGCCAUACAGACCUACAAAGACGUGUGCAAAAACAUGCUGCUAGCCGAGCGUUGCGCUCUCCUCAGCGCCGAGGUCCUCAAGCAGGGCAAGUACUCUGACGCGGCCACCCUCCUCAUCAAGAUGACCAGUGAGGACUCCGUGCGCAGCGCUCUCCUAUUGGAGCAGGCCGCCCACUGCUUCAUCAAUAUGCGGAACCCCAUGGUGCGCAAGUUCGCCUUCCAUAUGAUCCUGGCAGGACACCGCUUCAGCAAGGCUGGCCAGAAGAGGCACGCGCUGCGCUGCUUCCAGGCCAUGCAGGUGUACAAGGGCAAGGGCUGGUCCCUGGCCGAGGACCACAUCAACUUCACCAUCGGCCGGCAGUCCUUCACCCUGCGCCAGCCCGACAACGCCGUGGUGGCCUUCCGCCACAUCCUCACCAACGACAGCCAGCAGAGCGGCGUCCAGCAGGGGGCAUUCCUCCGGGAGUACCUGUACGUCUACAAGAAUGAAGCAGGCGUGCGCGAGUUCCACAUAGCCCAGGUGUCCAGCAGCAGCAGACACUGGCGUCUGCACAAGUGCAUCAACGUGGCGGAGGAUAAAGACUGUAAGCUCACGAGCAGGGAGAGGGCCAAGCUUGGCUUCAGAGCGAUGCGAUGCAAACCCCAACAAGCGGCUGCCAGUGCUGCGGGGAGGUACACCUUUGCCGACCUAAACCUUGGAAAUGAACAGAUCAUCAGCUCCACCACGCCCUGUGCCGACUUCUUCUUCCGUCGACGUCAGCCCUCGGAGUCGCGGCGGGGGGCGGCGCCGGCGGCGGGGGGGUCGUUCUCCCACUCCAGGACCCAGGGGGCGGCCCCAGACGACACCGCCGCCAUCGUCAGGAAGUGCAGCGAGGUCGACCUCGACAUCAUCGUCCUCUGGAAGGCCUUUGUCGUCGAGGACAACAAGCAGCGGAUCCUGGAGGGACAACUCCACGUGGCUCUGCGGACCAUCGGCAAAGAGGCUUGCUCCCUGACCCAAAAAGAGGAAGCUCAGGAGAUGGUGCUGCUCAAGUUCAAACCAGAGCUGCCUCCUCCCAUGACCAGACCCUCUAUGGAGCAGCUCUCCCACCUCAUCAAAACCAACCUGCACUACCCUGAGAGCUACAGCCACGCGUUCAUACAGAAAAGCCUCUGUAUGGUGCCAGUAACUCUGACCCUGUCCAACUGCUCGCUGGCCCAAGUUGAAGUCUUCAUAGACCUGCGAAACAAACUGACCAGUCCAGAGUCCUUUGAGGUUCACGGGUCCUUCACGUGGCUGGGCCAGACUCAAUACAAGCUGCAGCUGAAGGCACAGGAAGUGAUGCGCGUGUCCCUGCGAGCGUGCUUCCUCCACGCGGGGGUCUACAACCUGGGCACGCCCCGCGUCUUCGCCAAGCUGGCCGACCAGGCGUCCGUGUGCGAGACCAGCCAGCAGACGGCUCCCCCCGCCCUGAUCAUCAUCAACAGCACCUAAGCUCCUCCCCCUCCACGAGUAACCCAACCGAUCGGCAUAAGGAGCACCUAGGCUCCUCCCCCCUCCACAAGUACCCCGACCAAUCAUCAGCAAGGCGUGGUGAGAGCCACACCCACGAAAAGAGCCACACGCCCACUUGGAACCGUGACGCCCUCCCCCCACCCCUCCUAUCCCCGAAUAAUACUCAAUACUGGACAAAGGAAAGCAGUUGUUUUGUAUUUCUUAAUAACAUUUCUAAAGUAUAUUUAAUGAGAUGGUCUGUUUUGAAAUGAAGCCUGCAUCGGCUGAGGUUCCGAGCAGCAGCAGGAGUCAGCGGAUGGACCGUGUCUGAUGUCUCAGCAGCAGAAAAGCUUCAUGGCCGGACGUGUGGGUGGAACUCGACCUGACGUGAAUAUGUCACCCCGCCCCCAACAAAGGAGACCUGGUUGGACUCCUUUACUGGAACCAAAUCUGUGAAAUGGAGGAGUGUGACGAGACACGUUUGAACACACUGGCUCACCCCCCCCCCCCCCCCCUCCUCACGGCAGCGUUCCUUUUGACUUCCUCGAGCGUCGGAAUUCAAUUCAAACGUUGUUUCGUUGUCGCCACGGCAACCGGCACAGCAUGUUUACUUCCUGGAUGACCUGGAGCGCACCGGCGUUCUUCUGCCUCGGCGAGACGGCAGCCAUGGUGUCACCUCAACCACGCCGGGGAGGGGGGGGUCCUUGUCCUGUUGAGCCUCACCUCCUCCUGAACUCUGUCAAGUGACUUUUGACGGUGACUGUUGACCACUAUGUCGUGAAAGGCUUUGACUUACAGCUCCUAGAUACUGCCCGCCCAAUCGUCUGUCUGCCAGUCUGUCCUAUCGGUCUGUCCCUCGAGACUGUGUCGAACCCACGUGCACGCAUUACAUUUUCUACAACAAAAAAAAAAAUCUAAAUCCCACCCCAACAAAAUUCAUUGGACCCUCCCCCCCCCUCCCCCCCCCCCACCCCCCCACCCACCUUGUGAUCAAGCUGUUAUUUAAAUGUAUGUAUUUACUCAACUGCUUUUCUGGAAAUGACGUAUUAUAUUUAUAACAAAUCUACUGUAAAUAGGAAAUAAAAAUGUAACCAAU